UGCUGGCCCCUGGACCGCCCUGGAUUGACUGCACUACUCCAAAUCGAACGUCUUCCAGUUUGUCUAAGGAGGAGAUACUCCUGUGAAAUCAGUUGCGCCUAUCGUUCCUUCACCGGGCUGACUCAAACGGGUCGAUUCUCUUUUAGCAGCGUUCGCCAGAAACAGAGAACGUCCCGCGCGGCUCUGAGCUUUCCGGUGUAUGAAAGAACGCCGGAUAGCAAGAUUACAAGCAGAAACCAACGAUGGCGGGACCAUCCGUAUCAGCAUCGCCCGGGAACUGCUUGACUUUCGAGGAAUGGCGGGCACAGGCGGAGGCCAUGAAGACGGCUGUUGCAGGGCUGCCGACGACUGCACGGAGGCCAGAAAGCGCAGAUGAACUGGAUGCGUCGGGUGCAUCGGACUGGGACGACGACGAGAUCGACCGGGUCUGGGAGCCGCGGGACGGGCCGCGCGAUGUCUGGGACUUCAUCUCGGACGACGAGCUGGAGGGUAUUGAGUUUGACAGCGGCGACCUGUUUGACGGCGUUGUCGACGGCGAGCCCGCUGCGGGCGCCUUUGACGUGCACUGGCUGGCCGCGAAAUGCGCCGAGGUCUCGUCGCGGAAGGCCGGCCUCUCCCCGGCUGCCCUGCGCGAGCAGAUUACGGAUAUCCUCAGCGCCAACCGGCCCGAGGGCGAACUCCAGUCCCUGCUGACGGACCUGGUGGGGUUUGACGACCUGGACUUCAUUGUCGACCUGGUUUCCCACAGGUCCGAGAUUGUUGCCUCCAUUGCUUUGGAGAAGCUCCGCGACGGGCAGACUGGCCAGGGGCCGGUUCUGUUGACCAAGUCUCAGCGGCAGGAGGCCCUCCGGCGCCGAGACCUCGAGCACAAGGCCACGCCCCUGGCUGCCGCGCGGGAGAAGGAGGAGGACUAUCCGCACGUCUACAGGACGUACAGCGCCGGCAACACGCUGAGCCACACUGGGGCCAGGUACAAGCUGCCCGUGGGCAGCCAGCGGCUGGAAUUCGAGAAGUACGAGGAGUAUGUUAUCCCCGCAGGGAAGCCGGGCACGCUCUGGCCGGGCCAGAAGCUCGUGAAGAUCUCGGACCUGGACGGGCUGUGCAGGAACACCUUCCGGGGAUACAAGACGCUCAACCGCAUGCAGAGCCUGGUGUACCCCGUGGCCUACAAGACGAGCGAGAACAUGCUGAUCUGCGCCCCGACGGGUGCCGGCAAGACGGACGCCGCCAUGCUGACCAUCCUGCACACCGUCGGCCAGUACCUCACGCCGAGCCCGUUCGAAGACCAUCUGGCCACCGACUUCGCCGUGCAGGCCGAGGACUUCAAGAUCGUCUAUGUCGCGCCCAUGAAGGCGCUAGCCGCCGAGAUUACCGAGAAGCUCGGCAAGCGGUUGGCCUGGCUGGGGCUGCGCUGCCGCGAGUACACGGGCGACAUGCACCUGACCAAGUCCGAGAUCGUCCAAACGCAGGUGAUCGUGACGACACCCGAGAAGUGGGACGUGGUGACGAGAAAGGGUACGGGCGACACGGAGCUGGUGCAGAAGGUGCGGCUACUAAUUAUCGAUGAGGUGCACAUGCUCCACGACGAGCGAGGCGCCGUGCUCGAGUCGCUGGUGGCCAGGACGCAGCGGCAGGUCGAGAGCACGCAGUCGCUGAUCCGCAUCGUCGGCCUCAGCGCCACGCUCCCCAACUACGUCGACGUGGCCGAGUUCUUGGGCGUCAACAAACGAGCCGGCCUGUUCUACUUCGACGCCUCCUUCCGCCCCGUCCCGCUCGAGCAGCACUUCGUCGGCGUCAAGGGCAAGCCCAACAGCAAGCAGUCGCGCGACAACCUCGACCAGGUGGCCUUCGAGAAGGUGCGCGAGAUGCUGGAGCAGGACCACCAGGUCAUGGUCUUUGUGCACUCCCGCCGGGACACGCAAGCGACAGCCAAGAUGCUCUACGAGAAGGCCACCGACGAGGCCUGCGUCGGCCUGUUCGACCCGAGCGGGCACGAGAAGUACGAGAUGGCCAUGAAGGACGUCAAGUCCACCAAGGCGCGCGAGAUCCGGGACCUGGUGCCCAAGGGCCUCGGCAUCCACCACGCCGGCAUGGCCCGCUCGGACCGGAACCUCAUGGAGCGCCUGUUUGCCGAGGGCGUCAUCAAGGUUCUCUGCUGCACGGCCACGCUGGCCUGGGGUGUCAAUCUGCCCGCCGCUGCCGUGGUGAUCAAGGGCACGCAGGUGUACAGCGCCCAGGACGGCAAGUUUGUCGACCUCGGCAUCCUCGACGUGCUGCAGAUCUUCGGCCGCGCCGGUCGUCCUCAGUUCGAGGACGUCGGCAUCGGCAUGAUCUGCACGACGCACGACAAGCUGGCCCACUACCUCACGGCCGUGACGGACCAGCUGCCCAUCGAGUCCCGCUUCUCGGCCAAGCUCGUCGACAACCUGAACGCCGAGAUCGCGCUGGGCACUGUCAACUCCAUCUCCGACGCCGUCAAGUGGAUCGGCUACUCGUACCUGUUCGUCCGCAUGAAGAGAAACCCGAUGGCGUACGGCAUCGAGUGGGCCGAGUUCGACAGCGACCGCAACCUAGUGCAGCGGCGGCGCAAGCUGGCCAUCCAGGCCGCGCGGACGCUGCAGCAGAGUCAGAUGAUCAUCUUCAACGAGCGGACCGAGGAGCUCCGUAGCAAGGACAUCGGCCGCAUCGCCAGCCAGUACUACAUCCAGCACACAAGCAUCCAGAUCUUCAACUCGCUGAUGAAGCCCGACGCUGCCGAGCGGGACAUCCUGAUGAUGAUCGCCAUGAGCGGCGAGUUCGACAACAUCCAGUCCCGGAACAACGAGGCCAACGAGCUGAUCAGCAUGCGCAAGAACGAGCACUUGGUGCCGUACGAGGUCAACGGCGGCAUCGACCAGCCGCAGACAAAGACCAACAUCUUGCUACAGACCUACAUCUCGCGGGGGCAGCCCGACGACUUCGCGCUGACCAACGACCUGAACUAUGUCGCCCAGCAGGCCGGCCGCAUCUGCAGGGCCCUGUUCAUGAUCGCCCUGAACCGGCGCUGGGGCUACCAGUGUCUCGUCCUGCUGACCAUGGCCAAGGCCAUCGAGAAGCGCAUCUGGGCGUUCCAGCAUCCCUUCCACCAAUUCGAUCUCCCAAAGCCCGUCCUCAAUAACCUGGACGCCAAGGACUCGCUGUCCAUCGAGUCCUUGCGCGAGAUGGAGCCCGCCGAGAUCGGGAACCUCGUCAACAACUACCGCAUGGGAGCCAAGAUCAAGAAGCUGCUGGACAAUUUCCCGACGCUGAGCGUCGAGGCCGAGAUCGCGCCCCUGAACCGCGACGUUCUACGCAUCAAGCUCUACGUGACGCCCGACUUCCGGUGGAACGACCACCUCCACGGCACGUCCGAGUCGUACUACAUCUGGGUGGAGAACUCGGACACAUCCGAGAUCUACCACCACGAGUUCUUCAUUCUCAACAGGAGAAAGCUGCACGACGACCACGAGCUCAACUUCACCAUCCCCCUGGCGGACCCGCUGCCGAACCAGAUCUACGUGAGGGCCGUCUCGGACCGCUGGCUCGGCGCCGAGACGGUCACGGCCGUCUCAUUCCAGCACCUCAUCCGCCCCGACACCGAGAGCGUCUACACAGACCUCCUGAACCUGCAGCCGCUGCCCAUCUCGGCGCUCAAGAACCAGGCGCUGGAGGAGAUCUACGCGCAGCGUUUCCAGUUCUUCAACCCGAUGCAGACCCAGCUGUUCCACACGCUGUACCACCGGCCUGUGAACGUCCUGCUCGGCUCGCCGACGGGGAGCGGCAAGACGGUUGCCGCCGAGCUGGCCAUGUGGUGGGCCUUCCGCGAGCGGCCCGGCUCCAAGGUGGUGUACAUCGCGCCCAUGAAGGCGCUGGUGCGCGAGCGGGUCAAGGACUGGGGCGCGCGUCUCGCCCGGCCGCUGGGCCUGAAGCUGGUCGAGCUGACGGGCGACAACACGCCGGACACGCGGACGAUCCAGGACGCCGACAUCAUCAUCACGACGCCCGAGAAGUGGGACAGCAUCUCGCGCAGCUGGCAGACGAGAAGCUACGUGCGCAAGGUCAGCCUCGUCAUCAUCGACGAGAUCCACCUGCUGGCCGGCGACCGCGGCCCGAUUCUCGAGAUCAUCGUCUCCCGCAUGAACUACAUCGCCUCGUCGACGAAGAACGCUGUGCGUCUCCUGGGCAUGUCGACGGCGUGCGCCAACGCCACGGACCUGGCCAACUGGCUGGGCGUCAAGGAUGGGGAGGGCCUGUUCAACUUCCGCCACUCGGUGCGCCCCGUCCCGCUGGAGCUCUACAUCGACGGCUUCCCCGAGGUCCGGGGCUUCUGCCCCCUGAUGCAGUCGAUGAACCGCCCCACGUUCCUGGCCAUCCUGAACCACAGCCCCGACAAGCCGGUCAUCGUGUUCGUCCCGUCGCGCCGGCAGACCCGGCUGACGGCCAAGGACCUGAUCAACCUCUGCGGCAUGGAAGACAACCCCAGGCGGUUCCUGCACAUGGACGAGGACGACCUGCAGCUGAACCUGGCACGGGUCAAGGACGAGGCGCUCAAAGAGGCCAUCAGCUUUGGCAUCGGGCUGCACCACGCCGGCCUGGUCGAGUCGGACCGCCAGCUGGCCGAGGAGCUCUUCCUGAACAACAAGAUCCAAAUCCUCGUGGCCACCAGCACGCUGGCCUGGGGCGUCAACCUGCCGGCGCACCUUGUCGUCGUCAAGGGCACGCAGUUCUACGACGCCAAGAUCGAGGCGUACAAGGACAUGGACCUGACCGACGUGCUGCAGAUGCUGGGCCGCGCGGGCCGGCCGCAGUUCGACGACUCGGGCGUCGCCCGCAUCUUCACGCAGGACGCCAAGAAGGACUUCUACAAGCACUUCCUGCACACGGGCUUCCCGGUCGAGUCGUCGCUGCACACGGUGCUCGACAACCACCUGUGCGCCGAGAUCUGCGCCGAGACCAUCGUCACGAAGCAGGACGCGCUUGACUACCUGACGUGGACCUUCUUCUUCCGCCGCCUGCACAAGAACCCGUCCUACUACGGGCUCGAGAUCUCGGCCGAGGAGCACAACUCGACGGCGGCCCAGCAGCUGGCCAACGAGUUCAUGAUCUCCAUGGUCGAUGCCUCGCUGGCCGAGCUGGUCGAGUCCAAGUGCGUCGAGGUGUACCCCAACGGCGACGUCGACCCGACGCCGCUCGGCAAGAUCAUGAGCUACUACUACCUCUCGCACAAGACGAUCCGCUACCUGGUGCGGCACGCCAAGCCGCAGGCCUCCUUCCUGGACGCGCUCUCGUGGAUGUGCCACGCCAGCGAGUACGACGAGCUGCCCGUGCGCCACAACGAGGACCUCAUCAACGCCGAGCUCUCGCGCAACCUCCCCUUCCCGGCCACCGCCUUCGGGCUGCCCAUGUGGGACCCGCACGUCAAGGCGUUCCUCCUCCUGCAGGCGCACAUGGCGCGCAUCGCUCUGCCCAUCACCGACUACGUCGGCGACCAGACCAGCGUGCUCGACCAGGCCAUCCGCAUCAUCCAGGCCGCCAUCGACGUCAUGGCCGAGCUGGGCUACCUCAGCUCCAUGCUCGCCUUCGUCACCCUGCUGCAGUGCGUCAAGAGCGCCCGCUGGCCCGACGACUGCCCGGCCUCCAUCCUGCCGGGCGUCGCCCCAUCAAACCCUCCUCCCACCACCACCACCAGCGGCACGAAACCGCCGCCCACCUCCCUCAAAGAGAUCGCCCACCAACUCACCACCACGUCCCGCGCAUCCCAGAAGCCCCACCAGCUCCUCCAAGCCCUCGCCAUCCCGCCCCCGCUCCAGCCCGCCUUCCUCAAGGCCGCGGCCUGCCUGCCCGACCUGCACGUCAGCGUGGCCGACCCCCCCGCCACCACGGCCGCCUCGCUGACCGUCGUGCUGCGGCGCAACAACGCCGUCGCCGAGCGCGGCGCCCGCAUGUACGCGCCCCGCUUCCCCAAGCCGCAGACCGAGGGCUGGUUUGUCGUCGUCGCGGACCUGGCGAGGGACGAGGUCUGGGCUGUGAAGAGGGUUGCGUGGCGGCCUGGUGCUGCUGCUGCUGGUGGUGGUGGUGGUAAUAAUGGUAAUGGUAACGGGAAUGGGAAGGGUGCGAGUGCCGGUGAGAAGAGCGUGGUUGUGGAGGUCGGGGAGCGGCCGGUCGCGAGGGCGGUGGUUAAGAUUCCUCCUGCUUUUGGCGCUGCUGGGGGCGCUACUUCGGAUGAAGGCGCGGUGGGCAGGACGGUGGAUGUGCUCGUGCUGAGUGACGGGUAUGUGGGCAUGGAGUGGCGGGUCGAGGGCGUGCGGUUGCCUGCCCCGCCGAGCGUGGCGCUCGGAGUGGUGGAGAAGAUGAAAGAGGAGGGCGGCGGUGGAAGUGGUGGUGGAUGGGCAGGUGAAGGCGGGGCUGGGGGUGUGUGAAUGGGUAGAGAGCCACAGUUCGUGAGGGUUACUAUGCAUAGAUGGCUGGCUGGUUAUCUGGCUGGGUUAGAGCGAGUGGCGGAUACACUAGGAUACAGCACUCAAUUGUUCUGAGAUAUCUCAGGGGGUAUGCCGCAAUGACUACUGCUGGAUAGAGAACAUAUAGAGAAAUCUAUGUUCAUCCGUCAAAAAACAUAGUCCUUGCCGUUGAAGACCCAAACGCCAUUUUCAUCACCCGUCGAAUCUCGCAGACCGCUUCCGUGGUGGGCUAGGCCAUUGAUUUCCCCGACAGACCACGCCAUCAUUCCCAACGGGGCCAACGUCGAGGUAUGCAGGAUAUAAUCAAGCCCGGGGCUCUCGUCUCGCAGAGCCCUACGCAGCUAUGGGUUUGGGUGGGUAGGAGUGGAAAGCGACUUGACUGUGAGACAUGCCUGGGAACCCGGAUAAGAAGGUAGACUCCCGUAACCAAGCUCGUUCUUGCCGGCUUCCAAGAUAGUUAGAGGGAGAGAAUGGGUCUCUCA